CUCUAACCAGUGUUGUGGUGACCUCUAACCAGUGUUGUUGUGACCUCUAACCAGUGUUGUGGUGACCUCUAACCAGUGUUGUGGUGACCUCUAACCAGUGGUGUUGUGACCUCUAACCAGUGUUGUUGUGACCUCUAACCAGUGUUGUGGUGACCUCUAACCAGUGUUGUUGUGACCUCUAACCAGUGUUGUGGUGACCUCUAACCAGUGUUGUGGUGACCUCUAACCAGUGGUGUUGUGACCUCUAACCAGUGUUGUGGUGACCUCUAACCAGUGUUGUGGUGACCUCUAACCAGUGUUGUGGUGACCUCUCACCAGUGGUGGUGUCACCAGUGUUGACCUGACUCCAUAUUAGUGUUUUCCUGGUAUGACCUGACCUUCUUUCUGGAUCCAACACCUUUAUACGUCACUGCUAAUUCUCAAUCUGUCUGUGUCUGUUUGUACCUGUCUGUACCUGUCUGUGUCUGUCUGUCUCUCAGUGAGACGGUGUUCAAAAGCGCGCGGCUGGACUGGAAAGCUUCCGGCUCAGUACUGCUGCUGGCGGAUGUGAUCAACCAUCACCAGAUUAUAAUUUCAUAACACACUAAUAACCGUGUCCUUGACCGUCAUUUCAAAGAACCUGCGAUACUGGAAGUAGUCUUGAACGGUUCAUCACCACCUUGUUCUUGGAGGCAGGAGUCCCUGGUCCUGGAAGGGUCUUACACCUCUGGAACUGAGCUGUAAUCUUCCAGCAGAUCUUCCAGCAAUGAAGGUGUUGAUGGCUGUGCUGGCGGUGAUGGGCCUGGCAGUGCCAGCAGUGAUGGCGGGCACAGUGCCACCCGUCACUGAGAAGGUUCCCGUCAUCUGUGCCACAUGCGAGUGCCUUGGCACAGUGCCCUUCGACGUGGACUGCACUACAACAGAGUUGCGUGAGGUACCGGACCUGUCCGUCAACAACUUCACCUUCCCCUGGGAGCUGGACUUCGCUAACAAUAUCAUCUACGAGGUUCCUCAGCUGCCUCUCCUCCACAACUUGCUCAGCUUAAGCUUCAAGAGGAACCAUGUGAGGAAGAUAGCAGACGGAGCCUUUAUGAACCUGCCGGACCUCAAGGAUCUGUCCUUCCAGUUCAACAACUUGACGGAGGAGUCUCUGCUUGAGGACGUCUUCAAGGGGAACUACAACUCCACCUACCCCGAGCCCCUACCCCUGGAGAAGCUGGACCUGAGCUACAACAAUAUCAGGUCCCUGAGGCGUAACGCCUUGCGCCACCUUCCCUUCCUCAAGCAUCUCUUCCUCUCCCACAACCCCAUUGAAGACAUCACCUGGAACAUGGCUGCUGCCAUCACCGAACUUCACAGCCUGGAGGAGCUGGACCUCUCACAGACGGGCCUCAACCGCCUGCCGUCCCACUUCCUGGCAGACCUAACGAAGCUGCGGGUGCUGACGCUGGCGGGGAACCAGUUCACGUCCGUGCCGUCGGAGGUGCAGUACGCCCACACUCUCGUGCAUCUCAACCUGAAUGCCAAUCCUAUUGUGACGGUGAUGGCGGGAGACUUCCAGGAAGGCUUGAGCACACUGCAGGUGCUGGAAAUGAGCGCAAUGCCGGCCCUGAGAAACGUAGGAGUGAACGCCUUCACCAGCCUGAGGGGGUUGCAGGUCCUGAAGAUGUCUGACAACCCUCAACUCUCCGUCAUCGACAGGAAGGCCUUCCGCGUCACCCAAGACGACGACCUGGCUCUUCAACAGAUCCACAUCCAGAACAACAACUUGAUGGUUCUGGAGGAGGAGCUGCUGCCGUGGCUCGCGCUCACAUAUGUGGACAUCCAGAACAAUCCCUGGAACUGUGAUUGUAACUUCCGGUGGGUAGCGGAGACCCUGCUCCCAGACCUGGAGGCCAAGAACCCUCAGACCACACUCAGUAUACUGUGCGCCGAGCCAAUUGCGGAUCGCGCCAAUCGCGUUGCGGACCUGCUGGGCCGCGCCCAUACCUUCGAGUGCGGCGCCCCUCGCCCCUUCGUCAGUGAAGAGGGCCACUAUGGUGUCCUCAUCGUCAGUUCCAUCGUCGUCGGCGUCCUCUUGCUCUUCACUGGCACCCUCGUCUUCACCUACGUCCUCUUCAGGAGAACCAGGACGAGGCAGAUGUUCGGAGACAGCGUCAAGUACCGGAGAGCUUACAACGACGACGUGGACACUAUGAACCAGACCGUCCACUCCUAGACCGUGCGACCCUCCUGGAGGGGUGGGGGCGGGGGAAGGGACUUGCCGGAGUGCUGGAGGGCGGCCUGGAAGACAACGCCUGGCUGUCUGGGACCUUCAGCAUCCACCUGAGAGGAUCGUCAACUACCCCAAGUCUUCAUCUUCCUGAAGCCAUUUUGAAACACUUGAGGACCCCCUUAAAACGCGGGAACCACGGGAGGCGUUGUGGUCUUUUUUGGUCUGGUAGGGACGCGAGUCUUAUUUUCCUCGGCGUCACCCCUUUUAUAUAAAAGGAACCAUCGGAAAUGCAUCCGAGGUGCCGUGUGGCUUGUCGCCUCCUCGUGUAUAUAUACUUUGGUCAUCCCUCUUUGACUUGGUGCUUUCUCCUUGGUAGUUCCCUCGCCCCUUAGCCAGGAUUCUUCAAGUGUUUAGGCAUCUAGUUGCGAAACCUGUACAUCUUUCCUAAAUAAUGGUGGCUUAGUUUUACGCUAAUGAAUGAAAACUAUGUCGCCAUUAUCGAAGGAAGACCUACAGGUUCCGUGAGUGACUGUGUAAAUGGUUGAUAAAUUCUGCCUCCCUUCUCCCACUUUAACUCCAUACCCCCCCCCCACCCCAUAGCC